AACGGCUCUGCUGCAUUCCAGAUUUAAAAUCAGCCUUGGGUUUCAUCUCGAGUUAUGCAAGAUCUUUUUGCUCUCUGCCUCCUUGGGACCACGGUAGCUGUGGGGUUAGCUCUGCAAUGUGAGAUAUGUGGCAUCGGAGGAACAUGCAAUGGAGUUAUGAGGACCUGUAGUUCUAAGCAUGACAAGUGUAGCAUCACUCUCUUGAGGAAGAGUACAGGCACAGAAAACGUCCAGGGCUUUAUGAAGAAUUGUAUCAACUCGACUCUUUGCAAUGUUGGCCUCAGUGUUAUCAAUAUGGGCACUGCAGGACUGAUACUCUCCAACCAUAUCUGCUGUGAAGAAAAUGAGUGCAAGAAGACCACUCCCACUAUGCCGUGGAGAAAUGUCACACACAAUGGAAAGGUAUGCCCAGCCUGCUUUUCUUUGGAGAAAAGCUGCAAUGAAAACCAUGUCUAUUGUGUUGGAGAUGAGAUCUAUUGCCUUGAAGGAACUGUGGCUGGGAUUUCACAAACAGGUGGAGGAACCUUAGGCCUAAAUGUCAUACUCAAAGGCUGUGCGACUGAGAGUGCUUGUAAAGAAUUCCAUGCCGAUUCUAUCCUCCUUCCAUGGGCCACAAAAGAAUCACAGUACAACUGUGCGAUCGCCCCUGAGAAACAUAGUAUCCUUCCGCCAAGUAGGUUCAACUAUGAGGCAGCUAGGAAACCUCAAGAGAGUCCAGACAAUUCUGUGGCAGGUGCCACAAUUUCAGAGUUUUUUGGAAACUUCCUUCUGAUCAUGGCUAUGAAAUUCUUUCUAUAAUCCCUGUCUAGCCCAGAAAUUCCUCAAUCUUUCAUGAUGAAUUUUUCCUAGAUUUUGUAGAAGUAGUUCUUGGCAGAAAUAUUUAUCCUGGGAGCCGUCUUCCUAGAUUCUGUGCUAAACAGGUAAAACUGAGCAUGGCCUCAACCCUCCUUAUUCAUCGCUGUUGCUUUUUCUUGCAUGGAAAGUCAUUUGUGUAGAAUUCCCUCCAUGCAUGGAAGCAUUCAACAUGUUGCAGAAAGCUGAUUUUUCUCUCUUUCUAGUAUUCAGGACUCCACUGCGUAUGGGGAAAAGAGCAUGUGUUCAAACCCCAUAGGAAAUAAUUAGGUGAUGUGCAGGGCACAUGGCCCAUGUACGCACCUCAUUACUUCUAAUGGGGCUUGCCUUCCACGUAAGCUCAAAGCUGCGGAAGCAGGGAUGUAGCCAAGGGGGGGAUCUUGGGGUCCGGACCCCCCCUUCC